AUGUAUGUUCCCUUAUCUUUGGGAUCUCUCGUCCUGCUUGGUAUCGCCUUCGCCAUCCGUGCCAUUGCAGCUAUCCGUACUCAACCUUCCCCCCAAUUGCCGCCAGGUCCGAAAGGCUUGCCGCUGAUCGGAAACCUUCUGCAAGUACCGUCUCGCUUGGUGUUCCUCAAGUUUGUUGAGUGGUCAAAGGAGUAUGGCCCACUGGCUUCAUACACAGUCCUUGGACAGCCGGUCGUUCUGAUAAGCUCUGCGAAAGCGGCAGGGGACAUCCUUGAUCGUUUGUCUUCAAAGACAUCAGAUAGGCCACGGCUGAUCAAACUUGCAUAUUUGACCCAUAGCAUGGAGUUCGCCUUUGCUAAUCGAGGUUCUUUCUGGAGAACACAGAGGAGGGCAGCGCAUGAAAGCCUGAAUAUCCGUGCUGCGCAAAAGUUCCAGCCUAUACAGGAAGAAGAGAGUCGCAUAAUGGUCGAAGAUCUCCUGCGACACCCUGACAUUGAUAUUGCGAAGCAUAUUUACCGGCAUUCUUCCUCAAUCGCGUGGCGCGUUCUUUACGGUCAUGAAGCCAUCGACCUUCGAGACGAUAAGGCGCAAGUUCCUUCCGAAAACUUCUUUGAGCCAUUAUUUUCAUCCGCAAUUCCUGGCGGUUCAAUAGUUGACAUUUUCCCCUUUCUUCAACCGCUAAUCUCCCGGUCAAGGUUCCUUCGUCGACACAGCGAAGCGUGGUAUGAAAAGGCGAACACAUUCUUCAUCAAUGCGCACACUCGUCCCCAGGUACCGGUUCAUUUGAAACACAUCUUUGAAGUGGUUUAUGGUGGCCAUGCUUCGAUAUCCGCAAACAGCCAUUGCGGCCAGAGCCCAGAUAACGACCAUCGUGGAGCUCGCAUUCCAGCAUUUGAGGAUCUCGAACAUCUUCCUCAAGUGGAGGCGAUUGUGAAGGAAAUAUUGCGGUGGAGGCCGCCGACGCCCACAGGAGUCGCGCACGUGGCAGAAGAAGAUAUAAUAUAUAAUAACUACCUCAUACCGAAAGGCGCAGUCAUUAUUCCUAAUACAUGGUCUAUCUGCCGUGAUCCAUCGUUAUAUCGCGACGGUGAUGCAUUCGACCCAUCCCGCUUUUUGGAUGAGAAAGGUUGCAUAAGAAAGCCCCCUCCUGAUUCACACGAUGAUUACCUGGUAUUCGGACACGGAAGACGCAUCUGCAUCGGAAAGAGCCUCGCAAUGAACACGCUGUUGAUCGCCGUUGCACAACUUCUCUGGGCGUUCGAUUUCCACGGGGUGAAAGGAGAGCAGGGAAAUGAAAUUGUCCCCGAUCCGUCAGCGUUCUGGGACAAUGGAGUUACCGUUUGGCCGAAGCCUCAUCAGGUCCGAUUGGUCCCUCGCUUCCCGGAUCUCUUCGAACGUCUUAAAUCGGCUGCCACGUAG